AUGGGUUACAUCAAGCAGAUUACCAUUCAGGGCUUCAAGAGUUACAAGGACCAGAUGCAGAUCCAGCCCUUCUCGCCCAACUGCAAUGUCAUUGUCGGUCGCAAUGGUUCUGGCAAGAGUAACUUCUUCGCCGCUGUGCGCUUCGUGCUCGGCGACGACUACAACUUCCUCAAUCGCCAGGAGCGUCAGGCUCUGCUUCACGAAGGGUCUGGCUCAGCUGUCAUGUCGGCGUACGUCGAGGUAUGCUUCGACAACACCGAGGACCGCUUCCAGACAGGCAAGCCUGAGUUUUACCUGCGCCGAACCAUUGGCGCGAAGAAGGACGAGUACUCAGUCAACCGCAAGAACGCCACUAAGUCUGAAGUCAUUCAAAUCCUCGAAUCGGCCGGCUUCUCGCGAUCGAACCCUUACUAUAUCGUGCCCCAAGGACGUGUGACGGCUCUUACCAACAUGAAGGACAAGGAUCGUCUUGAGAUGCUGAAGGAGAUCUCUGGUUCGAACGUAUAUGAGACGCGCCGUGCCGACAGCUUGAAGCUCUUGACCGACACAGACAGCAAAUGCGCCAACAUCGACAGCGUGGUCGAGUCCAUUAACGAGCGUCUGGGCGAGCUGGAGGGAGAGAAGGAAGAACUAGAGGCCUGGAGCAAGAACGACAGGGAGCGGAGAUCAUUGCUAUACACUCUGAAGUCGCGGGAAGAGGCUCAAUUGGAGACACAGAUCGAACACAUCGACUCGCUCGAGCAUCACGGUCGUGAGAUGCGCGAGGACAAUGAAGCAACGUUCAGGCGAAACGAAGACGAUAUCACUCGAUUGGAGUCGGACAUAAACCAGAGGAGAGGGGAUUUGGACAUCCUCAGGCAAGAUCGUGUACAGUACGAAAGCGACCGCAAGGCUGCCACGCUCGAGAAAGCCAAGAUCCAAUUGGACAUCAAGGCACUACAAGACAGCCAGUCGUCUGCUCAACAAACCAAAAGCAGACGUGAUGCACAAGUCAAAACGCUUCAGCAACAAAUCGCGGCCCGUCAAGCCGAGCUUGAGCAGCUACUGCCUCAAUUUGAUGCUAAAAAAGAGGAGGAGGAGGCCGUUCGCGCACAGUUACUCGACGCCGAGGGUCAACACAAACGCCUCCAGGAUAAGCAAGGUCGAACGGCACACUACAGUAACAAGCGAGAGCGUGACACUGCUUUACGCGCACAAAUUGAUGAGACCAAUGGGGACCUGAGCCGUCGAAAGGCUGUUCUCAUGCAGACCGAUGAGGAGAUCGCCAAGCUCCAGGCCGAUAUUGAGCGAAUCGAGGGCGAGAUUGCUGAGCUGAGGCAGGCAAUCGACAACGAGGGCGAUGCCACGGUAGAUCUCGCGGCGCAGCUUGAAAAAGCCAAAGAUGCAAGGAGGGCUGUGAUUGACAAGCAGACGAGCCUCUGGCGCGACCAGAACCGGCUAAGCAGUCAGCUCGGGAAUGUGCAGAAGGAUCUCCUGCAUGCAGAGCAUACAUUUUCACGUCUCCUGGACCACGGUACCAGUCGUGGACUGGAGUCGCUUCGAAGAUACCGCAGAGACGGGCUACAGGGCGUUCACGGUACCAUCGCUGAAUUACUUCAAGUCCCAGAGAACUACCGUUCCGUCACGGAAAGUGCUGCAGAAGCUGCUCUGUUCCACGUCGUUGUCGAGGAUGACAAUGUCGCAACCAAGAUUAUGGACCGUCUUACCAAGGAUAAAGGCGGCCGUCUCACAUUCAUUCCUCUGAACCGAAUCAGCGUACCGGACAUGCAGUUGAGACCAACAGAAAACAUGCAGCCUUUGCUGCCGAAGCUUAUAUACGACGACCGAUUCGAGGACGCCUUCAGGCAUGUCUUUGGCAAAAUCGUCGUGUGUCCGACUUUGGACGAGUGCAAGCGUGUCGCUAAACAGUACAAUGUCCGCGCUUACAACCCAGAUGGAGACAAUGCCACCAGGAAGGGACAGUAUCGGGGUGGAUACCACGAUCCUUCUAGGUCAAAGAUCAACGCCUUCAGCAUUGUCGCUGAAAAGCGUGCGCUCCUCGAUGAUCUGCAGCAACAGAACCGUCGAAUUGAGGGAGAAUUGGACUCAGUCAAGCACCAACUCACUGCAGCACAAAGCGAACUACUUCGGCGGCAGCAUGACCAAAGGAGGGGCGAAACUAGCUACGCACCCAUGAGAGAGGAACUUCGUGUCAAGCAGAGCCUUCUACAAGAUGCGCAAGACACGUUGGCAAAGAAACAAAGGACUGCUGCAGAUCUCGAGGCGGCCAUCAACCUGUUAGGAGCGCAACAGAGUGAUUGGGAAGCAGAAAUUUCUUCCAAGUUCACGAAGGCUCUAUCGAACGACGAAGAGCAGAUGCUCGUCACCUUGACCAGCACUGUCAAAGACCUCAGAAAACAGUACGCACAGGUCAAACAAGAACGCGCUACACUUGAAACCCAAAAGAUCGAGGCCGAGCUUGAGUUGAAUCAGAGCUUGCAGCCCGCUUUGGAUGACCUACUCGCGCAGCAAGGGGGGGUGGGAGGGUCUGCGGCCCAAUCAACGGGUCUGCGUGAAGCGAAGCGCACGUUGGACACUGUCAACAAGACUAUCGCCGACUUUGAUCAGCUAAUCGAAGAGACUGACACACAAAUCGAUGAGCUUCGAGCUCAGAUCGAGCAGCUGGAGUCCUCAAGAACUGAGAAGGAGCAGAGCAACCGUGCACUUGCAGCUGCGAUGGAAAAGCAGGAGAAAUCACUAACCAGGAAGGACGCCGACCGCAGCAACUACACGAAUCAGCUCAGCAAAGUAAGGAAAGAGAUACGAGAUCUGGGGACACUGCCCGAAGACGUCAAUCGCAAAUACAGCAAGUGGAACACAGACAAAGUUGGUAAGGAGCUUUCCAAAGCCACCCAAGCGCAGAAGCAGUUUGCACACGUCAACAAGAAGGCCUACGAACAGUACGAAAACUUCACACGGCAACGCAAAACCCUUACAGAUCGCCGUGCGGAACUCGACAGCUCGCGCAAGUCCAUCGAGAACCUCAUCGAUGUACUCGAUCAGCGUAAGGACGAAGCCAUUGCUCGUACCUUCAAACAAGUGUCUGUUGCCUUCAAGAGUGUAUUCCAAGAACUGGUCCCCAUUGGCACAGGCCGUCUAAUCAUCAAUCGCAAAUCCGACGGCGCCCAAGACGACGAUUCGAGUGAAGACGAAGCCGCACCCCGUCGAUCUAAGAAGAGCAGCAAAAUCGAGGAAUACGUCAGUGUCAGCAUCGCUGUAUCCUUCAACUCAAAGCACGACGAGCAGCAGAAGAUCGGCCAACUCUCUGGCGGUCAGAAAUCCCUCUGUGCACUAGCACUCAUCUUUGCCAUACAGCAGUGCGACCCCGCGCCUUUCUACCUUUUUGAUGAGAUCGAUGCCAACCUCGAUGCGCAAUACCGUACUGCGGUUGCGAACAUGCUGCAGAAGUUAAGCGGACAGGGGGGUCAGGAUCAAAAGGGCGGUGGCCAGUUCAUUUGUACGACGUUCAGACCGGAAAUGGUACUGGUUGCAGAUAGGUGCUAUGGUGUCAGCUAUUCGAACAAGACGAGCAGUAUUGAUGUCGUCAACAGGGAAGCAGCACUGGAUUUUGUCGACGGAAUGCAGAAGUAG